GGAGGAAGAGGAGAGGGAGGAAGAAGGGGAAGUUCAGGACGCAGAGGAAGCUGAGGAACAAGAGCAAGACGAAGUGGCUUCUCAUGACAGCUACGCCAGCUAUUCAGAGGCAGAAGAGGACCUCGAAGAGCAAGGAGCAGAGAAUGCCCCACUUCCCUUCAGGGACGAUCCGCAACGCCUCAUGGGCACAUUCCCUCAAGGCAAGUUGUUAGGCCGGCUCUGGGAGGGGGCUCCAAUUCGACAUCAGCAGAUUGUCCCCAUCUCCAGCUUCGAUCCUGCUGCCCAACCGGUUCGCCUAGGCAUCGAGACUAGCAGUCCUGAGGCUCACGACAUCGUCAUGCUUGCCAAUGAAUGCGGCGACGACUACGACCCUCAUCCUGCCAUCCUCGGCCGUGCUCGCGCCGUAUCCCCGCAAUCCCAAGCCUUCAUCAACGGGGACUACGUCCAAGAUCUCGGCGUAGAAGGCCAUGUCGACCACAGUGUCAUUCAAGAGCUCAGCCCCGAGUCGGAGGAGGGGCACAGCCAACGCAGCAGGAGCAGGGGCCCGAGGCAGAGCUCCUUCGACGAGUGCUAUGCGAAAUGGAAGCCGAUCGUCCUCAUUCCGCACAUCAGACGACCCCUGGGUCAGCAGCUUCCGCCCAUCGAGACCGUGGGACGAAGUGGCGGUAGCGGCAGCAACGCCGUACCUCGUCAGCCAGGCCGAAUCUGGGAAGGACCAGGAAGGAGCGAACUGCCUGAGAUCAUUGAAGUCGACGAGGCUGAGGAGCACGAGUUUGCAAUGAAGCGCAAGCGGACCACCACACCGACAACGCCGACGACACCCACCACACCGGUGCCACCACCUCGGCCUCCACGCUCACAGAAUUCAAAAGGCAAGGAGAAGGCCGUCCGCCCGUUGAAAGUCGCUCUCAAGAAUACCAAUAAGAGGCCUCGCCUCGCCGUCAGCGCCGUCACCAAUAGCAACAGCCAGCCAGGUCCUGACUUCCCCCCACUCGUACUUCACCGCAUCCUCAACCUUCUCAUCGACUACUGGCAAGCGUGGUCAUACCAUCCCUCUCCGCCCGGUUUGCCCGUCCCCUUUUCCGUCUCAUACCGAGACAGAGAAAACGACGCUGGCAUACACACUUACAAGUGGCUCUUCAUCCUCUCCCUCCGCCGUGCGGGGCAGUUACGCGUAGUCAAUAGGCUCUGGUGCGAGAUGAUCGACGUCGGCAUCCCCUGGCUGAUGAGGCUCGGGAUCUUGUUUGACGUGCAAAUCAACGGGAUGCCACGGGACUUGAAUCAGUUUUCGACGGUCGCAAAGAGCCUGCAGAGGCUGUGCCUGCCUUGCGUCCUGAAUGAGCAGGAUGGAGACAUGUAUUUUGGGGAGGCGAAGGAAGUCUUCCCUAUUGUGAGCUUGAUGGGACGAGUCAGAGCCUGCCAGUACCAUGCGCAUGUUGAAGAGCCACUAGACCUGGCCGAACGACCUGAGCUCCUCUGUUGCCAUUUCUGCCUCAUGGAGACGACGCGCGACUUCAACUACAUGCGAAGCGAGAAUCUCCUUAUCUACCCCAUCACUCCCGACGAAGACGAUAUCAACGACUACGACCUCGACUGUUAUUACGACACGGACGAGUAUCAAUGCUGCAUGCAUUGUCGUCGUGCGAGGGUCGAAGAGCUGUGGGCUACGAAGAUGUGGGAUUCCCAACCGGCUGCCCAAGUAAUGCGGAACCACACCCCCGAGCAGCUUACGGACCUGAUCCGUGCCUCCGAGCCCUACCGGCUGUUCGUCCGUCGAGGAAAGGGCUCAGCCAGCUCGGCAAUGAACGACAGCCUCCUCGACGUUCAUGCGGACUGGCAGUACAAACGGCAGCAAGCUUGUGGCUGUCGCAUUUGUCACAGGCAGAGGAAGAGGCGCGACGAUGAGGACGCAGCAGAGGAUCAUCAGAUGGCGGAUGAAUGGACGGGCGGCUUCGACGAUGAAAUUGGCGGCGGCGAAUGCGGGGUUGACUUUGGGUACGAUGAGACGAUUGGAAUGACGGGAUGAGGGCGGCACACACAGGCAACGGGUUCACACACAUUCAUACCAUCAUCUCAGCAUCUUCUCUCUAGAUCAUCACUUCUAUACCACCUCUUCCAGCUCUUUUUCUCUCUCCCUUUCAAUCGUCAUCAUGAUC